CGAAACAAAGAAACAAGAAAAAAAAUAAAAGGAGAAAAAAAAAAGAAAAAAAAGACAGAAGAGAAUAGAGCUCGACGAUAAUGGAGGUUCAGUGGAGUUCUAUACUGAUAUGCACCGUUUAUAUCGUUUUUAUCCUCGGUUUUUCGUCGUCUUCUUCCUUAGCAUCACCAAUUGAAGCGUAUCCUAGCUAUGGAGGUGAAUGCAAAAUAGUCCCACCAAAGAAAGAAGUUUUUGGAAAUGGAAGGAUAAUUGAUAUCACUCAUAAAAUGAGGUCUGAUUUACCAAAUUUUGGAUCAACUGAAAGUGUGGGUCAGCUCUUACAGCUUGCAGUAAGUAUGAAAAAUGGUUCUUUGUAUAACGUCUCUGAGUUGAAGUUGCGGGUUCAUACUGGUACUCAUGUUGAUGCACCUGGACACUUCUACGAAAACUAUUUUGAUGCUUGUUUUGAUAUUGAUGCACUCGAUCUGGAUGUUCUCAAUGGUCCUGCACUGUUGGUGGAUGUUCCUAGAAAUAUGAACAUUACUGCUGAAGCUAUGAAGUCGUUGCAUAUUCCAAGAGGAGUGCGUCGCGUGCUAUUCAGAACAUUAAACACUGACAGGUUCCUUAUGUGGAAAAAGUUCGACAGCAGUUAUGUUGGUUUCACGGAGGAUGGAGCACAGUGGCUAAAAGAUCACACUGAUAUCCAGAUGGUUGGAACUGAUUACUUAUCCGUUGCUUCAUUUGACGACUUGGUAACUGCUCAUCGUGUCUUUCUUAAAAGCAGGAACAUCAUUCUUGUGGAAGCCCUGAAACUAGAUGAUAUCGACGCUGGGCUAUAUACUGUGCAUUGCUUACCUCUUAGAUUGGUUGGUUCGGAGGGAUCUCCAUUAAGAUGCAUUCUGAUGCCGUAAGUUCCUACUUUCGGACUGGUAUGCUAAUGUUGUUCAUCUAUUAUCCGGUUAUUAGCUUGAAUGUUGUACUCAAACAGUAGUCUGUAUGAGCUUCAAUGUUGCACUCAAACAGUAGUCUGUAUACAGACUAGCAUAGGAAAAAGAUCUCUUAUAUAUGUAUCAUAUAGUUCAAAUGCUAAUACUGUUGUGGGGAUCUGGUGGGUAUUUGUAUAUGUAAGAAAUCGCAAAGUGAUGUUACUACUAUCUGUAAUCAUGAAAUCAUUCACUCUUUUAAGUCAUUUGUACCCAAUGCAAUAAAGAAAACUUUCAUGGCUUCCUAUUUAU